GCGACCUCUUUGCCGAAUUUUCCUUCGAAGUCAUCGUCUUUAUGUUGGUGUUUAUCCAACACAAUACGAUCGGACCCACGCGUGUAUCAUCACUCUUUUUAUGGUGUCGGUUCCAGCGGUUUCAAUUGUCUAUUUAUGACGCAUACAGCAGUGGUUGCAAAGGAAGAUCACAACGGAUGCCAACAAUCGUAUGAAAUUCUUCUGGCAAUUCGUAUGCUACUUGAUUCACGAGCGUAGCAAUGUUCGGGUCGUGCUGAUAGAUGAGACGUAUUUUCUUCGUGCCCCAGCGUGCGUGUCUCAGAUUGGCCUUUUGAAUAUAACCUGCCUUCGUUCUUCGUUUAGCCUACGGCUCUAUAGAAGUUUUUCUGGUAGCCUCUUUUCCGAUACUGUUCUCAAGGUACAUUUUGCCGGCUGAUAAAGUUGAGGGCACGAAACAAGCCUAAGGCUCACGUUGGAUUCAACCUUCGAUACUAAUCUAUACCGGAGUAGGGUGUGAUAUGAGGCUGGGUCUGAUAAUCUGAGACGCAUUUACGAUAAUAUCAGGUUAGCCAAUAUUUGUUGCGGCCGUAUGCUAAAAUGUUCAUCCGGCCCAGUUCAAUCACGCCGGCCGUCUAAAAUCGGAUACGGAUUUUGACAUCUAGCUCAAGUGUAAGCGGUUCUUGUAUUUGAACGCGCUCGUCUGAGUCGGCUUUGCACAUGGGUCUAGAAAAGUUUUCGGUCAUCGCUUAUGCGCAAAACCCGCUCAGGAACUAUUCUGUCGGAGUAACACCAUUCCGUCGGAUACGACAAGCCGCUACCAAUGAGAUGAACGCUAUGGACCCGGGAGCGCAUACCGGCUUAGGCUGGCAAGGGCCUACCGCGUUUGGUAGUGGAAGCACGGAUAAUGCAAGUGGAGGGCCAGAUGCAGCACUGGAUUUUUCGAAACAGGCCGUGCUACCAGCAAGUGCUUUGGCGGGUUUGACAAAUUCGCCAACCCCUGCUGGUAAACCGAACACAGGUGACCCUAUGCGAUUGUGGUACACAGUUGACACAGACCCAAGAACUGCAAAAGAGAUAUCCCUGGAGGCACUCACUUAUAGCUCGAUUGAUCAGUCCGUGUACAUUAUGCUUCAGGUGGAUUGCCCAUUUCCAAAGAAAUUUGACUUGAUAAAUAUUCAAGAUCUUGUUUUCGCAAACUUGAGGAAUGGAAUGUCGUUAAUGGAAUUAAGUGACUGCCUGCGGAUUUUGGCAAAGUAUGCUAAGGAAUUGUUAAAACCAUCUAGGGAAAGGUAUAAACAUUGGAACAAGAUUCCCUUCUCGAAAGGUGGUGUCGCUCAAAAAUGGGUCAGAAUGGAGGGCACUGCGCCGAUCUUACAUCAACUUGGCUAUACACACGAAACAUCAAAAGGAUACGUAUUUCCAUUAACGUCAUAUGGACCCCCUUUAGCCCUCAUUAAGGUGCUUUCCCUUGAGCUAGCAAUGGCCGCGGCAGAGCUUUCAGUCUUCUACAACAAUCGCCAUCCUAAAGCAGAAGUAAUAACCGAUAUGUUAUACUCAUCUCGGCCAGCUGCUACGACCACUCAGAAUAACGUGACUUUAUCAGGAGAAACUCGAAACACACAACCUGCAGCUACAGGUUCGUUCAACGUCAUGGACUUACUAUCCCCUGGGCUAAAGACGAUAAAGGACACAGAAGAUCCACCUGAUGAUAUUUCUGACGCGAAUGGGUGUCUCUCCGAUUGCCAGCAGGUCAGAGAGACGGGCAGUAUUACAUCAGUCACUUCCUUCAGUUUUAGCCAUUCUGGGCAAACGUGCUCCGACCCGGAAACUGUGGUGCCUCAAGAUUUUUCAGUAAGCAGGAAGCGUAAAGAGCUUCAUUCGUCGGAACCUACAGAUCUCACAACGAACAAUCGAGAAUCGAGAAAGGACCUUGGGAGACAGUCACAGAAGACAAACACAAGUAGCAGCUUUGACAGAUCCGCGAAGGGCCGCGACUACAGCGCGAGUCAGCGGGACCCGUACGCGUACGCGGAGGACCUCAGCCAGCCGCGGCUGGAAAAUAAAAGAGAUGGUCAACCUUCGGAAUUGAAUGGCGACGGCCAGCAACAAGGCAUUACUCAGUGUGCUGACAAUCAAUCUCAGCAAGAUAUAAGACACGGCUAUCAGCAAGAACUACACAAAAAUUAUCAAGAUCUCCAGGACUUUCGGAAUUCGUACGGACAGUACCGACGCUUUCUACCAGACAAUCGAUUGCCAAUGCAGGAACAGCUCAUGGUGUCUUCUACAGCUUUACCUAAUCUGAGCAUCUUUGGAGACAUGCUCGGCAGCGUCGCGCAAGAGCACAAAGACUAAAACAUAAAAAAUGUCCACAUCUGCUUUUGCAUGUAACAAUACAAUGUGACGAUAGUAAACUCUAUCGAUGAUAACCCUACUAAUAAAAUAGAUUUCUAAUGCAAUGUCUACCACAAACGGGGUUAGAAUGUCAAAGAGCAAACUUGCAACUGCCUCAGGAUUAAAAAGAAGAAAGAAUCCUGAGAUAAACACAGCCCGUUUGGAGCUGUUACAAAUUUAUAAUAAGAAUCCCUUUAUUGAUAGAGCACUUGUGUACCUAGGCAGUGUACGUUUCUUCUUUGUUUACUUAAUUUUGACACUUAGCUUUAUUUAAAAAAUGCAAAUUGGACAAGAAUCUUACAGCGUUAUCCUUAUAUAUAUAUAUA